AUGAAUACUUUUACAGUUGUCUUGUAUGUAUCCCUUGCAAUUACUGCUGCUCUUGCCUACCCCAAUGGCCACGAGGACGGUGGUAAAGAUGAAGACCACCAGGCCCCAGGAUACCACUAUGCCUACGGCGUCCACGAUCCCCACACCAAAGACCACAAAUCCCAAGAAGAACACCGCGAUCACGAUGACGUCAAGGGUAGCUACACCAUCCACGACCCAGAUGGUACCAAAAGGAUUGUAGAAUACACUUCGGGAAAGCACACCGGAUUCCAGGCAGUAGUCACCCGAGAAGGUCACGCCCAACAUCCUGCUCAUUAUGGAAAGCACGGUAAAGAGGGCCAUGGAGGAGAAGGUGGUACUAGUUAUGUUAAGACCACACAUUGGGGACAUGGUUCCGGUAGAUAA